AUGUGGGAGUGGGAAGCAUACACGCCUGGCGCCGAGGUGUACGACCAGUUAUGGCGCAUUCGCAAGGAGCCUGCCACUGUCACCGCACGACUACCUAACGUCUGCCCUAUGUCGAACGCACGAACGCGAAUACUCCAUCGCCGACAGACCGAGGACCGCUUCAAGCGGGAGCUAUACACCGUAGAGGUCACAUAUACGGGCGGACCGGGGAGUGCACGGGACGGUAUUGCCCUUACACAGCUUGAGGAUGUGGACCUGCAACGCAUACUGCAGUUCGUUUCUCCAGCUGAACUGGAACGAUAUGAAACUGAGCAGUUCAGGCUCGAGGCAGAGGCAGAGGCCAUUGCUAUGCGCACCGAGGCCGAAGACCUGGCGCGUCGCCAACUGCGAAAGAAUGCCAAAGGGCCAAACGCCAGCAAAGGGAGCCGCAUGCUCAGCGCGCUCGCCUUCUCUGUAGAGCCGACCCCACAUUCACGGGGUCGACCGAGAGCCACACGCGGAAAAUGCAGGGGAAGGGCGAGAGGUGUAGAGCCAACAAGAGGCCUCGUCGUAAGCUCCCAACAGCUCAAGAACGACAUGCACGAGCAGCUGGUAGACAGCGAACCUAUGGUGUUCGAUCGUACAACCGAACACAUCGGACAACCCACGCAGACAUCGCCCAACACCACACGCUCAGCUUUUGUCGCCAACAGCGCUCUUUCGGUAUCACCAAUACCCAGGAGAGUAUCCAUCUCUGUCCCUCGACGGGAACUUUCAGAAGUUUCCGAACCUUCCGAACCAGAAGAUGUGGACUACUUAGCGCUCAGCGACAAUGAUGCAAAAUCUACAAGAGGCGACUUACCAUCGCUCGCAAUCGAGGUUGGGAAUGCGGGCAGCAGUAAAGAUCCGCUUGCUGCAUCAGACCAAGACGACAUAAUACCCUCACAACCCGCUUCGCCGCAAUUUAAAUCGGACGGAUACGUCGGCAGCCGAAUAACAUCUAUGCGCACAUUGUAUCCGGGACAACAGUCGCUCGAACACAACAACGAAGACGAUGCAGAAGCGGAUGCAACGGAAGAGUUUGCUGUAGAGGCCAUCGUGGCGCAUUUUCACGAGCACGAGAAGAACUACUACCUCGUCAAGUGGGAGGGAUACGAAGACAGCCAUGAUUGGCUUCCUGAAGAAGAUCUUGAGGGCGCUGCAGACCUGGUCACUGAAUACAAGGAGCGGAUUGGAUGGAGGAACAAGAAAGUCGAAAUAAGAUGA